CCCGACCACCAGCGCAACAGCAGGUACGAUUACAUUUCGCUCGUUUGUCGACGCUCGCAGCGGGACUGUCCGCUCCGACCAUCCUCGUUUAAUUGCUGCGACUUUCUACCGCACUCAACUUGCUGCAGCAGUCGCCGCCCAGAGCUGCCACGCUGCCGCCGCAGUAGCAGCGCCCGCCAUCGCGUUUGCUAGCCGUACAAUCAGAUUCUCAUGUCGUCCAGAGUCACACGCUCGUCUGCGAGGCCUCCAGCAGGCUCCUCCAACGAGAAUCCGCCGAACCCUCCCGCCCCUCCACCCCACUCCACGCCUGCCACCUCUCGCAAGCGCAAGAAGCCUGCUGUAGAAUCGAACCCAGACCCGCCAAACGAGGCAGGCGACACACCGCCGACGCGUAGCGGUCGUGCUAAGCGCGCCAAAGUCGAGCCUGACAACUCGUCUGCUGCAGCCCCGACCCGCUCUAGGAAGGCAAAGGGCAAAGCAGCCAUGUCGUCAUCUGGACCAUCGACCGAUCCGGUGGCGGAGAAGUCGUCGCGGCGAGGAAAAGGCGGCCGCAAGAGCUCAAGUCAAGGCACACCCUCCACAUCACGCCGCAACUCACGAAAGUCUGCAAAGACCGACGAAGACGCAAACAUGGAAGACGCACCCGAGGCCAAGUCUGAAGACGACCCAGCAACGCCAGGCGACGAGCACACAAGCGACGAGGGCAACGACGGUGCCGCCGCUACUCGCUACGACGAAGACGAUGACGAAGACGACGACGAAGACGAACACGAUCCCUUCACAGGCGGCUUCCUUGGACGCGACCCGCACCACAGUCUCUCCGCGCUACGACAGCUCACUGGCCUGAUGUCAGGCACAGCACAGCGGCUUCGGGGGAUACUGGAGCAGCUGAAGUCGCCAGAUGUGUCUUUACAGCUGAUCGCUUUACAAGAUCUGUCUGAGGUGCUCCUCAUGGCAUCUGAAGACAUGCUCGCCGGCCAUUUCUCCCCGGACGCAUAUGUGAAAGAGCUGGUCAAACUCAUGCAGCCAAACGACUUCACUGGCGAGGAAAACCCGGAAGUUAUGCUGCUUGCCUGUAGAUGCCUGGCGAACCUCAUGGAGGCUCUCCCGGCCGCUACAGCAAACGUGGUGUACGGGGGUGCAGUGCCGGUCUUGUGUUCGAAAUUGCUCGAGAUUGACUUCAUCGAUCUCGCCGAGCAGUGUUUGAGUACUCUGGAAAAGAUCUCGGUCGAGUUCCCUACACAAAUUGUAAGGGAGGGUGGUCUGACAGCCUGUUUGACGUUCCUUGACUUCUUCGCAACAAGCACUCAAAGGACAGCGGUUACGACGGCUGCGAACUGUUGUCGCAACAUUCCUGACGACUCCUUCCCUACCGUCCGCGAUGUUAUGCCAAUCCUCGAGAACAUCUUGAAUAACAGCGAUCAGAAGGUGGUGGAGCAAGGCUGCAUCUGUGUGUCACGCAUUGUCCAGAGCUUUCGACACCAGGAAGACAAGCUUGAAGAACUGGUCAGCCCCGGUCUGUUGAAGGCGAUUCUGGCACUCCUGCUGCCCGGCACCACUAAUCUCAUCGGCCCUCACAUCCACACCAUGUUCUUGCAGGUCAUUGCUUACACAGCCAAAGCAAGCCCGCAGUUGUCAGCCGAGCUGCUCAAGAUGAAUGUGGUCGACACUCUUUACCAGAUCUUGACUGGUGUCUCGCCACCCAGCGGAACAGAGGACGUUGCUACUAGGAUAGACUCCGUUGUCAUCAUGCAGGCGCUGAUUCAUCGACCAAAAGACCAGGUGUACGAAACACUCAACGUCAUUUGCGAGCUUCUGCCCGACGUUACGGACGAUGGGCUGUCAUACAUUGAUGCUCUAUUUGAUGCUGGUUACCCUGGGCGAAGCCAUCUACCUUUGUCUUCUGAUAUCAAAAAGACCAGCAACGAGAAGCGUGUUGGCCUCUUCGAGGGCUGCAAGACGGAGGUUAAGCGCUUUGCAGUCAUACUGCUUCCCACUCUUACCGACGCAUACUCGAGCACGGUAAACCUUAACGUGCGACAGAAGGUCCUCACUGCUCAGUUGAAGAUGCUCUCGAACCUCGACACCGAUAUUCUCGAGGAAGCAUUGCGUGCUGUGCCUUAUGCAUCAUUUCUCGCAUCGAUAUUCUCACAGCAAGAUCACCCUACCUUGGUCACAUAUGCUCUCCAAGCAGCCGAACUGUUACUGAAACGCCUGGAGUCUAUCUACAGGUACCAGUUCUACCGUGAAGGCGUCAUCGCGGAAAUUUCGCUUUUAGCCAGCCGCCCCACCAAGGCCUUGGAAGUCCGUACCAAGGACUCCAAGUCGGCGGUCGAUGUUGAAGCUGCCCCGGAGUCAAGUGCGCCUAGAGUGCCAACACCAGGCCAAGAUGCAGAACUCGAAGUUGUCGACGCUAUGGAUGUAGAAGUUCAUUCUGAGAACGACGACGACGAAGAUGAGGAAGACGGGGACGAUGACCACCAAGUCAAUGUUGGGAAUCAGGACGACGAGGAUGAUGACGACGACUCUGAUUCAUCCUCCUCGUCUGAUCAAAAUCCUCCACCGCUCCCCAAUGUUGAUGAUAUCAUCACCAUGCGUGCGAAGAAAUUCGUCGAAAUCCACGAGAAGGACAGCAACAAGCCUAUUCGAGAGAAGGCAUCCGCAGUUUUGGACGACCUGAAGUCGCUUGCAAAAGCUCUCGAGAACUCCACAUCACAAGACGACUCAGAUAAUUACUCCAAGUUGUUUGCUCAAUUAGCUAAAUACUUCGAAGGCGAUGCUCUCGAAAGCAUAACGAGCUACGAGUUGAAGUCGUCCAAGAUUGUAGAUGUCCUACUAGAUGUCUUCUCGAGCGAGAGCCCGUCGAGAGGCACAGAUCCGCGAUCACUGUUCCUCGAGGCAUUCAUGGGUGUCGGCAACAAGAAUAAAAACAAGACCGCUAGCAGCGCAUCCCCUGCAACACCAUUUAGCGUGCUAGUGAGCAAGCUGCAGGACCUCCUAAGCAGGUCCGAGCACUUUGAAGUCAUCACAGUACACCAAAACUCGUAUGAUGGUCGCGGUAGUGCAGCAAACAUGCUGGCGAAGCAGCUCCGUUUGAAGCUCGUCGCAGAAGAUGAUUCCGGCAUACCUAAAUCGUAUCGCAACAUCAUGGUCUCCAUACAUGCUAUUGCGACGUUCAAGGCGCUGGACGACUACCUCCGACCACGCAUGCAGGUCGCUGAUCGACCUCGAGGGAGCAGGACGAGGGACCAAUUUGCUGCGUACGCGCAAGCUCUUGCGGAAGGACGCGCACCUCCACCACCAGAGACCCCCAGCGAGUCCGCCAGCCGACCAUCAAAGAAGUCUUCAAAAUCAAAGUCGAGGUCAAAUGACGACACUGAGGCUGGUCCCAGCUCUGCGUCGCGAGAGAAGACGCGUCGCUCAAGCCGACGCCAACAGACGCAACCCCCACCUCCUCCGCCGCCACCACCAGCGCCAAAAGCUCGUUCAAGCAGCAGCCAGGAUCCACUUGAAUGCGCAGACGAGGAGCGUUUAUCCGAUCAGGACUCGAUGGACGAGAAUGCCGCACUAAAUGCUAUUGUGGAUGAGCUGGAAGAAGAGCUCGAGAAUGAGCUUGAGGACGCGCUCGACAACGACGAGCCCGAUCCGUCUGCCGUUAGUGUCGAGGUGGCGUCCACCGGCAAAGCUACAGCGCGCAAAGAAGACGGCACUCGCAUCGCUACACCAACUCCAGGUACACCAUCAGCGAAACCUUCCGAUCGCCUGAGCACCCCAGCCUCGCGUUUGACCGCACUGCUGCAGGACUCUGCUCUGCGGCAUAGUCUAUCGUACGCUGCUGCAGUACAGUCAACGCCGCAGGACUGGCAUAUCGAGUUUAGCGUGAACGACCAGCCAAUCUCGAGUGAUACAACCAUCUACCGUGUUGUGCAUUUCAACCAAGCGCAGGCAUUGGACGUGUCGCAGCGUACAGUAUGGAACGCCGUUCACACCAUCAAGUUCAAGCGCGUAGCCGGCCCUCCUCCAAGCGAGGCAUCUGCACAAACUCCUCCGCCAGAAUCAAAGGCUGGAGGUCAAACCAUGCCCGCGUCUUUGGACAACCACCCCAUCACAUCGGGCAUACUUCGCCUACUCAACUUCCUCCAUGGGUUGAACUCACACCUUGAUGACGUUCUGUCUGAUUUCAAGGAUCAGAUCAAGCUCAACGCUGAGCCACUUUCGGCAUUUGUGAACACAAAGCUCACGGCUAAGCUCAAUCGUCAACUCGAAGAACCUCUAAUUGUAGCAAGCAACUGCCUACCAAGCUGGAGUGAGGAUCUUGCUCGGUUCUAUCCUUUCUUGUUUCCCUUCGAGUCGCGGCAUCUCUUUGUUCAGUCUACCUCUUUCGGAUAUUCUCGCUGCAUGACGCGCUGGCAGAACACCCAGAACGCGAACGAUACCCGCAAUGACCGCCAUCGCGAUGAGCGUCCCUUCCUCGGCAGGCUACAGCGCCAAAAAGUUAGAAUCUCCAGGUCUAGGAUCCUAGAAUCCGCCAUGAAGGUGAUGCAGCUCUACGGACACUCCCCAAGCGUUUUGGAGGUCGAGUACUUUGAAGAGGUCGGUACAGGUCUAGGGCCAACCCUCGAGUUCUACUCCACCGUCUCCCGAGAGUUCUCAACGAAGAAGCUGAAGAUCUGGCGAGAGAACGACUCCAACGGCGUCGACGAGUACGCUUUCGGCAAGCGAGGGCUUUUCCCGGCCCCGAUGAGCACGCAACAAGCUGCCUCAGAGGACGGCGAGAAGAAGCUUGAGAUGUUUAAGGUACUUGGAAAGUUUGUUGCACGAUCAAUGCUUGACUCGCGCAUUAUCGAUGUGUCCUUCAACCCUACACUAUUCCGUCUCAGCGACAGCAGCAGCACAGCUAUCACUCCUUCGCUUGCAACCAUCAGGACCGUCGACGAAGACCUUGCCAAGUCUCUGCGGUUGUUGAAGAUGUUCGCAGACGCCAAAAAGCAGAUUGAUCAAGAUCAAGACAAGACUGAGGAGCAGCGAGCCGAGGCCGCACAGAGCAUUCGGUUCCAUGACUGCACUGUCGAUGACCUUGCACUCGAUUUCACAUUGCCCGGUUACCCCGCCAUCGAGCUGAUCGAAAAUGGUGCGCAUAUAGCAGUCAACAUCGGCAAUGUUGGCCUAUACGUCGACCGGGUGCUUGACCUGACUCUAGGCUCAGGAGUCAAGCGCCAGAUUGAUGCCUUCGGUGCUGGGUUCUCAGAGGUGUUCCCAUACUCCGCGCUCAGGGCCUUCACGCCGGAUGAGCUCGUCAUGUUGUUUGGUAGGAAUGACGAGGAUUGGUCGCUCGAGACUCUCAUGGACUCAAUCAAGGCCGACCACGGUUUCAACCUGGACAGUAAGAGCGUCCGCAAUCUCCUCACGACCAUGAGUCAGUACACAUCAGAGGAGCGCCGAGACUUCCUCCAGUUCAUCACUGGUAGCCCGAAGCUCCCCAUUGGUGGCUUCAAGAGUCUCACGCCCAUGUUCACCGUUGUCUGCAAGCCAGCAGAACCACCAUACACUUCCGAUGAUUACCUCCCCUCGGUCAUGACCUGCGUCAACUACCUCAAGAUGCCGGAUUACAGCACUCUGGACGUGCUGCGGGCGAAGCUGAACGUUGCGGCGAAGGAAGGCCAGGGCGCUUUCCAUCUCUCAUAGAUAGCUCACUGUACGUGCGUAUCAUGGUGCAUAGGUUGCAGAAUUUGUUAGCAAUGUUUCUUUGGGCAUUUCUGGGUGCAUAAUUACGGCCUUACGACAUCACAAGAAAGACAGAUGGGAUUAUGCAUUGUAGGUAGUUCGGGCGUCUCUCCCCACCAGCGAGACUGAAAUUCGUAGUUCGUAGUUCAUACGUAGACUGGCAGGAUAUUGCUAUCACCGACUCUUCGUUCUGAG